AUGGACGAUGACGGCCCUUCAUUCACAAUCUAUCAAGAUCCCCCGGAUCUACACCCGCCACCCUCAACCGCCGAACCCCGCCGCCCCCUCUCACCUUCCACCCGCCCGGCACUUGCCGAGAUCAGACUGCUCUCGUGGGCAAAUGAAGCCCAUUGCGACAGUGCACUCAAGCACGAAAUGUUAUCAUCUCAGCCAGACUCUUCAUCCGAGCCACCCGCCAGUCCUGCCUGUGCUGAAGACGAAGAAUCUAAAGAAAACAUCGACUCGAGACCAGUAGAUGCUCAGUCAUUCAAAACGCCUCCCCGCAAGCUCCUCUCGCCUGCCAUCAACCGUACCACGCCAAUCCACACCGCAACUAGUCCGACAACUCCCUCACUCGUUCCGCUUCGGAUUUAA